GAAUUUGUUCAAGAUAUUAGAGAUGUACUUGAACGUUUAGAUUCAACUGAGAGAAGCAGGGUGUUGGAAGAAACGUUUAAUAAUUACGGUAAUUACUUAGUCACGUCUGCAACUGCCGGGGGUGUUAUUACAAUUAAAAAUUGGUCUGAAAUCGAUGAUGCAAGUAGAUCGCGCUUAAAAAUCUAUCUUCAAUGGAGCAUUGAAUAUGCGAAGGGUAUAAGCUUAAAAAACUUUGAAGAUGCAUUUAUUGACGACUUGAAUUUAGAUAUAAAUUCAAAAAAAGUGCAAAAUGCCGGGGAAUUAUACAGAUGGAUUAAAGAUCUAUAUAAUUAUGAGGGUUUACAAAUUAUAUCAUAUGAAAAAUUUAUGCCGACAUAUCAAUUAUUACCGGAAGAUUUGAUUCAAAAAACACUAGAAUAUUCUAAUAUUCAACAUAUUGAUGAGUCAGAAUUUAUUUCAAGAACUCACUCUCAAUAUGAUAAAAAAAGCGUUUUAGAGUGGUUAACAUCGUCGGACCUUCCAUUAAUGUUACAUAUAUGUGAUUGGAUUCAAGACAAUUCAUUACAUUAUGGUACAAUUUUACAACGCUCAAAAUUGGGACGAGCUAAGAAGGCUGCUUUUAGAUUUUUAAGGGAACCUAAAAUAACUCAAAUAAAUAAAAUUACUAUCAUCUUAACGCAACCUAAGACUCGUCAAGAAGCUUAUUUAUUAGAAAAUGGUAUUAUUUUAAAGGAAGAGGAUGGACUAGAACUUGAUAAAAUUCCUUUUACUGAGCAUAGUUUAAUACCUGACAUUCCUUUGGAAAACUUUAAGAACUCUAAAAAACAAUUUUCCAAUGCAAUUUAUUGCCAAAUAAUUUUUCAUACCAUAAAGAUUUCAUUUGACCUAUCAGAUAUUAAAUAUUCACCAGAAUUUUUAAAUGCAGUAGAUUCUGCACUUCAGGAACAAAAUGAACCAUCUAAAUAUGAAACUCUUUGCAAGUUAUUCGGUGAGGAUUAUGGACAUUUAUUACCGAAAACUUUAACUUUAGGUGGAGUUUUAUCAAAAAAGUAUAUAUCAAAUAAUUACCCUGCAGACAUUCCAACGCAACAAUUAGAUAUCAAAGACGAUGAUCCUGAUGUACAUCAAAAAAUUGAAAAUCUUUUAGAAAUAUGGAAUAAAGAAUUUAAAGAUGUUAAUACUUCUUUUUUUCUUAAUAAUGAGGGUGAUCUUAUUUAUCGUAAUAAUAUCGGUGAUUGGGUGAAAACUCUUGCUGCUGAACCAAAGAGUUGGAAUAUUGUAUCUUUGGAGGAUUGGAUGCAAAUUUAUAAGGUACUUGAAAAUAAA